AUGUUGCCGUCUCUGCUUCAUCAGUUCCAAAUACACAAGAGAAGACCGCUAAGCGCACAGGUGUUAAGGUCGGCCAUCGUCAUGAGGAUUCACGCGAUUCAGGUGAUCGCCGCGAUUCUUCUCAUAAUUGGUCUCUGCUCCACGAACACUUCCGGGAAGACUCUCCCCGCUGAAAAGGACGAUGCACCGGAAGACGAGGCCGUCUCUGCUUCUUCCCAUACAGAGAACGUCGACAUUGUCCUUUCGAAGAAGAACGACUCGAAGGAGGAGGAUCGGGAGGAGGAUAAGCUACCAAUCCUGCCGCCGAUCAUUCUCCUGGACUUCGCUAACGACACGAACGAGGAAAACGUCACCGCCGAGGAAAAAUCGAAGCGAACAGUGAACAGUGGUCUUGGUUACGGUCUCGACAAGAAUAACAUCCAAUCGAGAAGGUACAAUUAUUAUUUUCCAGCUGGAAAGUCAGGCACAACUGUGAGCAUCGAGGAAUCGGUCAGUCCGUUUUUACCUAAAACUAUAAUAGAAAGGGUGCAACCUAGCAGUCAACAAGGACACUACGGUACACGUCAGAAUUCGUUCGAUGGAAUUGGUCAAAGUGAAAAUCCAGGGAACUACCGAUACUUAAAUGUUCACCAAACGAGGAAAUCUGUGUUCGGCGAACGAACGAAGCCGCAACAAGCCGCGGCAAGUUCCAGCUUCGAGUCGUACCAGGACUACCUGACAACGUCGAGACCGCCGGUCAGCUCAUUCGCAAUUCAAAAUUCCGGAUACAGGAACAACGGUGUCUCGACUACCACGCAAUCACCUUUGGCUUUCAGCGCGACACAACCGGUCAGAUACGUAACUCCUAGCCCGGUGAAGUUCCCGAGUCCGCAGACCGACUCGUUUAACUAUCCCACGCGGACUUACACAGGCCAGAGACAGAAUAUUCAAUCCAAUAUCAAUUCCCAUGGCUUCGCUCCCGUCCCACAAAGUGUCCAGUCCUCCACGCUCGCUCCGUUAAACUACAAUACUCAUUUCCCUAGCUCAGCCGGCCAGAGAUACACCGUGGAGGAUGGUAUACGGUACGAGAACAAAGUCUUCUGGAAGUAUCCGGACGGCAGGGUGUCCGACGUCCCUCCAGCCACUUACGUGGAAUAUCCGUCGCAAUCGGCGGCGGAGGAACUAAAAUCCCAGGGCAGUCAUUCGAUUUAUGAAAGCAGCUCCACGGAAAAUAGCAUUCUCUCCCAGGGACCGGUGCAAUUUCCCAGCGUUUCCGAGCCGACCGGACAGGAGCCAAACCCAUUCGUCUCUUCGGAGUCGUUGUCGUCGAGUUUGCCGCAGCAACAGGUGUACCGGCUCGGUUAUCAGAAUUUAGUGACCCAACGGCAGAACGUGAACCUGGCACAGCAACGCAAGCCAAGCAGUAACGCGGUCAAUUCCUAUUCUUUCUCUUCUUCCCCUUCCUCUUCCUCUUCUUCCUCCUCUUCAGCAGGUAGAACGAGGCCUAAUUACGAGUCACGUUAUCAGCAGACUACCUCGAGGUACAUGGUGAACAGUCCUAAUCCCGAGUACACUGAUAGUUACACAACAGAACCGACAAUCGACAACACCACUACUCUUAAUCGUCUCAGAACUUCGUCUAAUUAUUACAGUCCGAAAACGCAGAAUUACCUGGACACGGUACUGGCGGAGGAUGAAGGAUCGGCGAAGCAGAGCCUGAGCAAUAGCGACCUAAGCAGCUACUCCAACCUUCAAUACUCGGACCUAUUGAAUUACAACCCGUCCAUUUCGGAGUACAUCAGGAACCCCUCGUCCAUUCUCAACGUUCGCCCGACUUUCGUGCAGGCCGGGAACUCUUUGAUACCGGUCAUUAUACUCAGAGUGGACGGCGCCUCUCCUAUUCAGAGCAAAGCCGCGCAGAACAUUAAUCUGAAGGCACUGCUCCAGCAGUACCUUAUUCAGUACGCUAAGAGCAUUCAAGAAUUGGCCGAGCCCUCCACUUAUAGUCUCGGAGCGGAAUCCCUGUCGAAAGGUCCGAGUUCUGGGUCUAGCAAGAGCCCUGUUUUGGAUCUGAUUCGAUUGACGCAGGACGAUGCUCGCGAGCCGCCUAGUUACACGCCUAACUCUUACAUCGGCAGAUCCAGUUACGAAACGAGCAACGUGGAAGAUCGAGAUUUCGUUAACAAUCGUUACGUUCAAGGAUCUAUCGGCAGGCAGAAGGUGAAGAACGUUCAGAUACUGGAGGAUCCGAGAUACCCGACGUACAAGGCUAAGAAUUAG